AGAAAUUAUCGAAGUAGCCAAACAACUCUGUGUAGGUAGCUAGGAAUUACAGUUCAGUGGCAAAGUGACAAGCAAAAAUACAAAAUGGUCCUGGAAAGUACUAUGAUAUGUUUUGAUAACAGUGAUUACCAGCGCAAUGGUGAUUACUUUCCAACCCGUUUAAAUGUUCAAAAAGAUGGCAUCAACUUGGUGUGUCUCACAAAGCUUCGCUCCAAUCCGGAGAAUAAUGUUGGUCUCAUGACCCUAUCUAAUACCGCCGAAGUGCUAGCCACACUCACCAGUGACGUGGGACGCAUAUUUUCAAAGAUGCAUUUGAUUCAACCAAAGGGUGAAAUAAAUCUGCUAACUGGAAUUAGAAUUGCCCAUUUGGUGUUGAAGCAUCGUCAAGGCAAGAACCAUAAAAUGCGUAUUGUGGUAUUUGUUGGCUCGCCCAUCACCAACGAAGAAGGCGAACUUGUUAAGCAGGCCAAGCGUUUGAAGAAAGAAAAAGUUAAUGUCGACAUUGUUAGCUUUGGCGAUCAUGGCAACAACAUUGAAACGUUGACUGCAUUCAUUAAUGCUCUCAACGGCAAAGACGGCACCGGUUCUCAUUUGGUUAGCGUUCCACGCGGCUCAGCACUGUCCGAAGCCUUAUUAUCGUCGCCCAUUAUCCAGGGUGAGGAUGGCAUGGGUGCAGCUGGUUUGGGUGGAGCCGCCUUUGAGUUUGGUGUCGAUCCCAAUGAGGAUCCGGAGCUGGCUCUGGCUUUACGCGUCUCCAUGGAGGAGCAGCGUCAACGCCAAGAAAGCGAGCAACGUCGCGCUGGCGCCGACAACGCUGGAUCUGGAUCAGGCACUGGCAAUGCAGCUGAAACUGCUGCUGGCGGAGCGAUUGUGACCAGUGGCGAAAGCGUCGCCAGCAGCGCCACUGGCGUAACUGUGCCCAGCUCCAAUUCUGAGGAGGCAAUGUUGCAACGCGCCUUGGCAUUAUCUACUGAAACACCCGAGGACAAUUUGCCCGAUUUUGCCAAUAUGACCGAAGAGGAACAGAUCGCCUUUGCCAUGCAAAUGUCCAUGCAGGAUGCGGCUGAUGAUGUGACACAGCAAGCGAAGCGUCCCAAAACUGAUGAUGCCUCUGCCCCCAUGGAUGUGGAUGAAGACUAUUCAGAAGUGAUUGGCGAUCCGGCAUUUUUGCAGAGCGUUCUUGAGAAUCUUCCUGGCGUGGAUCCACAAUCGGAAGCAGUUCGCGAUGCUGUUGGCUCGCUCAAUAAGGACAAAGAUAAGAGCACUGAUGCCAAGGAUGACCAAAAGAAAUGAAUGCUGAAUGGAAAAAGCUAUCUACAAUUAUACUACUAAAUAUAUAUUAAAAAUUUGUCAUUAAUCCAGAAAUCAUAUAUGAACUAACAUCGUGUAACACAUUGCGCGGAUUAUGUUCACGCUUCAAAUAAAACCAUUAUAUUAUCACAGGGAAAAUGUCAUAUUUCACUGACUCAUUCGCCCAUGCCCUUGCUGGGAAAACUACUGCCCCAUUCGAGUAAAAUAAGUGGAAAUCUAGUUAAGUUAAAUGUAUUUUGGUUACUUUGACUCUGUAUUUGUAAGCAACAUUUUAUCUACAGUAGUGAAUUCUAAAAGGUCGAUGAUGCUCCAAGCUUACUUUCCGCCUUUGUAGUCACGGAUGUGGUACAAAACCCAGGCCGGAAUGAACAGGGAUGCAGCGCACAUGCCACCACCAAGGAUUACUUUCUCCUGCAAUGAAUUCAAUAUUUAUAUUGUCCAUUUUUAAAUUAAUGUCGCAUGUAAGGAAUAUGUCCAAUAUUUCGUUUACGUAACCCCGAAAAGGCAAGCAACAAAAUUGUACUUACAGCAGUAGAGACGUGCUUGGUUGGGGGACCAGACACAACAGAUUGGCUGCGCCUUUGAAGGGCACCUCGCAU